GUUCAAUUUUGCCAUUGUUAUUCCACUCUCAACAAGUGUCGGAUAAAUAUGGUUAAUAAUAAACCAGCAUCAGAGAAAAUUUAUUUAUAGUUUGGUGCGACAUGUGAAUAGAAUUUUUUUUUACCAUCACUUAUGGAAUAAUUAAUUAAGACUUUAAUAAAAUUUUAAAUUCGCCAUGUCCAAAUCAAGCGAAGACAUUCAGCUGCAAACCAAACCCCGUAAAAAAGCCAAACUGAUCUCAACCCCCACAAUACCUGAAGAUGAAGCUGCAGCUGACUUCACAACUAGCCCACCAACUUUUACCAUUGAAAAAGAAACAAAAAAUAUUGCCAGAAAAUCUUCAGAUGCUUCUAGGAUAAGCACGAUGAGCACCAGAAGUGCCGCAAAAGUCUCUUACACCUACGACAAUAAAGGUUUCGAGAUCAGAAACGAUUCGGGAAACGACAGUAUAAGGUCCAUAUCGAGAGCACCGAGUUUAAGAAGUCUCGAAGUGCACAAAGAACAAUAUUGCUGUUGCUCGAGGAGAACGAAAUACGAAAGGUUUUUGCUGGUGGUCGUCACUAUUUUAGCCAUCAUUGUAACGGUACUCGUAAUAGUAAUUAUUUAUUUGGCCAAACAAAAUAAAUUAAAGUCGCUUUUUAAGAUUUAAGUCUGUAGUGUAAGUUCCUGAAGCACUGAGUCCAAUCCUUUUAUACCUCAUUUUCUUCAGCGAGGAGAAGUCGACUUUAUAUGUGGUGAACGCUUGGAAAAUUGCCAGGCAAAAUUUUCACGGGUUUGUUCUAGGGUGGACGAAAAUCAAGAUCCGUACCUUGUCACUACUUGGAUCGUCCUGUUAGAGGCACCGUCAUUCAUAAAUUUGUUUCUGAGCCGUUUUUCAAAUCAGAGAGAUAAUGAUGUCCAUUUAAGAGUCAGAAGUUUUCUGAGAACCGUUCAAUCUGCUCUAAGUUUAGUGAACGGCAAAUAUUAUGUUCGUGGUUCUCGAAUGGCUUUCGGACAGAGAAUUUAUGUCUGUAAUAAAAUGUUAAACUUAAAAUAUGAUUUUUUUUUCUAAAUUUUCAUUUGUUCAAUUAGGGUUAUCACUAUUUAAUUUUUUAUAUUACGCAUGCAUCAUAAUCAACGAUUAUCGCACGCUGCAGCGUGCAUAAAAUGAUGUUUAUGAUGCGCCUACCUUUUCAAAGUUUUGCUAUAGAAACGUUUGAUCUACCUUCAUUACCUAGAUAUACACCUGCCGUUUAAAUUACUAUUCAUCAAAAUGAAUGAACACAUUUAAAACAUUUUUGAGAUUAUGAUGCAUUUGUAAUAUAAAAUAGCGUAUGAUAUGCGUGUAUAAGAGGCCUUUAAAGCCCUUGCGACUUACAAAACACUCCGCUGCGCGUCGUGUUUUGAAAUAUGUCGCGCGUGCUUUAAAGGCCCUCUUAUACACUUAUAUCAUAAUAUACUAUUAUU